CCAACCUCCUUUGCUCAUAACUUACCUACCCCAAAAAUUGCCUUUCGACCGUUUCUUGGAAGAACCUAAAAGAAAAUGAGCUUGGAUACGGCUAAAAGUGAUUUAUCAACGGAAGCCCCAGUAAUGGGAAAUCAACAAAACAUUGAUCAGACUGCUCCGAAUUCUAUCUCAUUUACAGAAAGCAAUGAUUCAAAAAAUGUUCUGGUUUUGAACAAUGGAUCGAGACUGCUUUGCAUUGCAGACGUUCGUGGUGAAUUAAGCCUUAUCAAUAAGCUCGCUGAAGAGACUCGUGCUGAUUGUGUUAUCCACACAGGCGAUUUUGGGUUUUUUGAACGAUCCUCUUUACCUAAUAUUUCUGAGAGAACCCUUCGUCAUAUCGUCCAAUUUUCGCCUCUCAUUAAACGUUUGCCUAGAUCAAAAAGUUUUGACCACUAUCCUUCGAACCCUAUAAGCGAAUUAAAAAACAGCAUUGCUUCUCAUCCUGAUUGUCUUCUGUCUGAACUUCCCUAUUUCUUGUCUCAGGAAAGGAAAUUCAUUGUUCCCGUCUAUACUGUAUGGGGAGCUUCUGAAGAUGUUCAUGUUUUAGAGAAGUUUGCUAGCGGUGAAUAUUCUAUUCCUAAUUUAAAUAUCAUUGAUGAAUUACAUUCCCAUCUUCUACAAAUUGGCGAUUUAAAAAUUCGUUUACUUGGUCUGGGUGGUCCUUACGUUCCUUUUAAACUGUUCGACAAUGGUGAGGGAAAGGGCACUAUCGCAGGUGCUCAGGGUACCACAUGGACAACCGUUUUGCAAAUGGGUGAACUGAUAGAGACUGCGAAGAGUUGUCUUGACAGGGAGGAAACCCGUAUUUUUAUAACUCAUCAUCCUAUUGGUCGAGAAGGUGUGUUCUGUCAACUCGCUACCAUUCUACAAGCUGAUCUUACUUUGUCAGCUGGUCUACAUUUUCGUUAUGGAGCAAGUUAUAACGAGUUUUCUGUCAACCCAAAUCCAGAGCAUUAUUUGCAGAAGCUUUCUGCCGGCCGUGCUCAGUUCAUGGAGGUUUGGGAAACUGUCAAGUCAGAAGUUGAACGAAUGGUCACUCCUGACCAACAGCAUUUGGUAAAUAACGUUACGCGUCUUGUUUCCAGAAUGCCUGAUGCCACCAAUAGUUAUGCCAUGAAUAAUAUGCUUCCUGGAACUGCCUUGAAAAAUCUCUGGAACUUUAAUCUGCUCGAUGCCUCUUUUGGGUGGAAUGUUUUAGUGGUGGAAAAUGGCCACGUCCAAGUUGAAAGUAAAUCUUUUGGUUUCAAUUUGGGUUAUCGCCGUUCUGCCGCCCGUAGAAAUGAUAAUUAUAAUAGAGUAACCGAGGGAGGUUCUACUGGUGAAUCGUACUACAGACCACAAAAAUCUGAGAUACAAUCUAGACCAUCCUUAGCUGCGGAGGUGGAGGGCGCUGGCAAACAAAACGCCGAGCCAGUUACUGAAGGAUCGAAAGCCACUGUGGAAUCAGAAGAACCUAUGCAAAAGGAGGAAGCUUAUCCUGACCAAGCACCUAAAGAAACUGUUUAUGAAGAGGAUGAGUCUUUAGCUGCUUCGAAAUCUCCUAACGAUACAAAAGAUAUCGAAAAGGGAUUAGCAGACACGACAGUUUCAUCAGCUCCCGCAGAAGAGAGUACCAUUGACGAGAGCAAUGAGGCUGGGAAGAUUUCUGAAGAACAAAAUGCUCCAUCUGUAGAUGCCCGACAGCCACCCAAAGGUGACUAUCAAAGGAAUAUGGAUCGUGGAUUCCGUCCUAAUUACGGAGAGCGUCAAGAAAGAUUUGGUUUCCAUAUAGCACCUUGUAAUACCGAAGAAGAAGCACGGUCUUUCUUCACUGAUGGUGCUGAUCAACUAAUCACUGCUGUUCAAAUUCGUACCUCCACGAACCGUAACAGGAACUUAACGCCAAACACGAAUGUAACCCCCACAAAUUAUGCUUAUGUUCAUUUUGAAAAUCAAGAUGCUGUGAAUAAAGUAGCUGACAAGAUUAAAACUCCCGAGGGCGUUCGUGCCAAAGUAUUGCGUGAUGAUUACUACCGACAAAAUAGAGGAUGGUAUAGGGGUGGCCGAACAGAAGGUCAUUAUUCUGGUAUGCGUACAAACCGCGGACGAGGUGGUCGUGGUCGCUAUCCUAGAAUGCAGCAACAUCCUCGUCCAGUCCAAUCUGCUGGAGCUGGAGCUUCAAUGGCCCCUAACUAUAGCACUGAACAAAGCCCAGCUGAUCAUUAAUGAAAACUGUUUACGAUCUUAACGAUUUACUAUUUCCCUUAAAAUUCCAUUCUUUGUUAUCCUUUUGAUUAUGGAUUGAUGUUCAUGUCGUUUCCGCGUCUUUAACUUUCCUUUUCAUGACUGCGUCUUUUGAAAAGAUGCUUCUUUUCAUAGAAUCUGGAAUUGGGUGAAUAAGGUAGAAAAAGUUUUGUCAUAGUAACUCCUUUUCUACACCAGUUUCCGACUUUCUAAUUCUACGAUUAAAGGCUAGAAUUACGAAGUUCGUCUGCUUAUAGGUUUAUAAGCAAGAUUUGAAUACUAUAUAAUGACUUUUGUAAAAAGAUUGAACAUUAAUAGAUUUGAUAUAAAAAACGCAUUUUUAAACAGUA